AGACCGUCAGCUGACACUCCUUCAACAACAACAACAAACUCUUCUGCCCGCUUCCCUCGCCCACCUCCUUAUAAGACACACGGAAGCCCCGCACUGGACAUGGAAAGCAAUAUAAAGAUGAAGAAGAAAGGAGGUGUGAGAUAGAAGGGACUAGUGUAGCUACAGGAAUGCCGCUACGAGGAUUACAACUUGUUAUUCACCUGUACAUGAUGGCUACAGUAGGAACAAUAUCAACAGAGAUGACGGUGGAGGGGACGGAAGAAAUCCUGGAGGAGGUGUAUCUGGACUCCCCAAUGGAAGGAGCUCCUCUCACCAACAGUAACAACUCUCACUUCAUGAACAAUGUCUUCGAUAACCUGAAUGACCCUGACCUCGGCUACCUUGUGCUGUCCCUGCUUGUUGCCAUCGCCUGGUCUGUGUACAUCAUCCUGCUCAACUCUCGCAUCCAAGGCAGCAUCUUGACCACCAUCCUGCGGCGUUUUGUCAAGUCCGGCAACCUGACUAUUGGUUCCUUUUCUCUUUCUGUGCUGUCGGGCAAGAUAAUGUUCCGCAAUGUGGUGUAUGUGACGGAGGACUACAGUCUGCGUAUUGUUGAUGGAAUGCUCAAGUUCCGCUACUGGCUGCCAUAUGUCAAGAGGGAGCUGUCAGAUGACAUGUCCCACUGUGACCAUCGUCUCUGGCUGGAGCUUAACGGACCAGAACUUCACAUAUACAACCGAUCCCAGCUUUACUCUAGGCUGGAGAAAGCAUUUGGGUUGGAGAAUCAGCUUGGAGUGGGGAAGGCCAUGAAGGAGGAGGAUGAUGAGGAAGAGGAGCAACAGCAGCAGCAGCCCCAGAAACAAGCAAGAGACAUGAGCUUCUGGCAGGACUGGCGUGAUCUGAUUCCUGUCAUAAAGAUUGAGCUUAAUAUGGCAAGGUUUGUGUUUGGCAACCGUCUGAUCCCAUCCACUCUGCUGCUCACCACUGACAAGGCUGAGUGUCAGUACACCACCAAGCCGGCCGCCUGCUCCCUCGAUUACUUCAUGCAUGCCUUCACCUCCAAGGCAGAGAACUUCAGGGUGAUCCUUGCCCCGAGCCCCAAGUACACCGGCAUGCUGGAUGAGCCCCCAAGGUUCAUGGGUGAGGGGUUUGUGGUGAUGUCAUCCAGCCUGGUCCACCUCUAUUACUACAUGGAUGAGCCGGGACUUGUGCCUGAACACCCCCAGACUGUGCGGCUGCCAAACGGAGAUGAGGUGACGGCCCCAGCACCAGUGUGGGGUCUGGACAUCAAGUGUGCCAAGGGGACCAACCUCAGCUAUGGGCCAUGGGCAGACAGGCAGCGGGAGCAGCUCUUCAGGUUCUUCUUCCCUCAGGACUACCAGACACUGAAGCUACCCAGCGCUCCGGUGCUUGGGGACAUGCGUCAGUUCCAGCAGUUUGACGUGAGACUCAGCAUCCUGGCAGAGGCCACCAUCGACAUCCUCUUCUCCAAGGAGAAGGAGACCAAGGCAGUACACAUGAAUGUGCAGCGAGGCUCGUACUUUGAGAUGACACUGCCCUGGACCGUCAGUGCAAGUGGUUACAUCACUAAGAUCAAUGGCCAACUCUUCCACGUGGAUGCCUCAACCAGCCUCCUGUACCGCAACUUGCUGGAGGCGGAGACCCUUGAUUACCGGGUCAACGUGCAUUACCCAAGGGUGUGGAACCAUGACCAGACCUGGGACCUGGAGUUUAAUGGCUGUAAGGCAACCUACCACUUCCUCUACACUCACAAGGAGUUCUUCCAAGACUUGAUAGAGGACUGGUCUUCUCGCAUGCCUCCCGACUUGCUCCACUUCGUUCCCUACUCGUGGAACUUCACCCUCAAGCUGCAGGAGUUUGAGCUGGUCACCUUGGCCAACGGGUACAACUGGGUUGACUGCUCCUCACAGCAUCAGGCUAAUGCUCACAUUGCAUUCUGUGGGGAGGGGUUUGAACUCAAGUUUACUCUGCCAUUCAAUGAUUUCCUGCCUGAGACAAUCCUGCUGAAGUUCGUCAUUACGGUGGAGAAUGUGGACCUGAGCCUGUACCUGCCACCCUGGAACACCACCAGGAACAUCAUUGCUGCCUUGGACCGCAAUGCCAAGCUGGCAAACCGGGAAGACCGCCCCAAGCAGGCAUUCUCCAAUGACAAGUGGAGGAAGUUCUGUAAGCUGAGUGCCGGCUGGGUGGACUGCUGGCAGGUUCCGGAGCUUGAGCUGAACAUCAAGUACACCUACCAUCCAGUGCCCCCCCUUGGCCCCUCCCCCCAGGCCAACGUGUCCACCCCAGAGAAGGAGGAACUGCUGCUCUCCCCCAUCCGAGCACCACACCGGAAGAAGUCACCAAUGGAGAUCAUCAAGAACAUCACCCCAGACCAGUUUGACCCAACAUCCUUGACGCCAGAUUGCAUCAGUGUUGACCUGCGCAUUGUCAAACCCUCAGAGAUCAAACUGUAUGGCUCAGUCUUAUGUCUCUUCAUCCACCUCAAGGAGAACAUCUUUGGAGAGGACCAGACCUUCACCGACAUGAACCAGACCCACGUGGAGGAGGAUCACUUGGUUGGGGAGGCAGCAGGAGCACCAGAGGAGACCAAAUCAGACGACAGCCUCAAUGAGCAGAAGAAGCCUGAGUUUGACUGCCGCCGCUACCGUCAGUUUGCCGUCACAGUGUACAUUGAUAUCCGGAAUGUGGUCGGGCAUCUGGUCAAGGACUGCACAGAGGGUGAUCCGCCCUGCCCGACGGUGGCACUGGACUGUCUGAUCUUUGAGAUGAACAAGCGGUACACAGAGACACAGCUACAGGUGGUGGUGUCUCCCCUCAUCCUUACCACCAGCGACACAAACACCCACCGCUCUGCCACCCACCAGCACCUCCACACUGGCUUCCUCAUGCUCUCUGGAUUACAGAUGCGCGGACACGCCAUGUUCAGUGCUGAGGAACGCACACUUGACGAGGAGACACUGGAGUAUGCAUGGCUGGUGGAACUGACUAUUGGGACACUCAGCGGCAAACUGACCACCCCACAGCUCCAGAACAUCAUCACUGCACUGGAAGCCUUCAUAUUCACCGUAGAGGACACGGAGAACUCCCUGCGCCAUCCGAAGCCCUACAUGUUGUGCUACCAUGGUGUUCCACAACCUCAGUGCGUCCACACCACCGGUGACCACUUCUGUCCCACUACGGACCUCAUCAAGUACAAGAUGGUUCGAGCCUCCAUUGACGGAAUCUCCCUUAACCUGGUGGAGAGUGGCACCCUUCUGAGCCUCCAGGUGUACCCAAUCCGUCUGGCCACCUGCAACCUCCACGGCCAGCACACCCGCUCCGGCAUCACAGCUCAUAUCCUGAACAUCAGCGCUCGGAACUACAUCUGUGCUCAGGACGGCCACAAGGAGGGCGGUGGAGGGCGGGGUGGCGAGGUGGCAUCCAUGUGUGGCACCUCAACUAGUGGCACUGGUGGUGGUGGGGGUGUGGCCGGCGAGGUGUUCACUGAGGAUGUGUGGCUGGAGGCUGCUGCAGUGACCCUGGGGCCGGUGUAUGUUGAUGCCGCCACCAGCAUGGACGUCCUGCACCAUGAUAUGCAGCUCAUACAGCACAAGUUCCUGAAGCAGCAUGAUGAACACACAAUGAGGCUGUGGUUCCUGUGGCCGCAGGAGGCUACCAAUGUGCCGGCACAGGUGUUUGGCAAGUGUGGGUGUGUGGGCGGGUGUGCCUUCUUUGGAACCAACAGGAAUGGACCCUCCUUCUUCAAGCCCUCCAAGCAGGACUUCUACAAUGGGGUCAAUGUGGCACAGUAUGGAGUGAAUGAGCCUGGUGAGAGUCCAGGUUAUGGCCAGAGCAUCCUGGAUGAGGACCAGCUGGUGUUCCAGGCCGGGGCAUACACCAAGCUUGCCUCCUCCCAUUGUGAUGCCCAGUCCUCAUCCUCCUCCAGCAAGGACCACUAUGCCCUUAGCUCUGGCUAUGUCAAGAGUGCCUCCCCUGCCACCCCUGCCGAUUCACAUCACCGGGCCAACAGCUCCCUGCACCACGGUCCUGAGUCACACGUUCACGAACGCCUCAACCCACGCCAUGGCUACCAGCGGGAGCUUUCUGUCACUAGUCACGACUCCAGCCCCCAGGUGACUGAUUCUGAUUCCAGGGGUGUCUCCAGUGCCCGGGAGACUUCCAAAGAUGCAGUCCUGGGUGUCCCUGUAGGCCCCGACAGUCUUCCGACGCCAGGCAGCCUCUCGGACCUGCGGCGAUCAGUUGACAAUGUAAACACAGGACGCCAGAGCAAAAUGCCAUCAAGCCUUUCACUCCAGACCGAGUUGCCUCUCCAUGCUGCCGGCGGCCACAAACUGUCAGGCGGCAGCAUGCGGGAGUCCACGUCUCGGCAGUCCCUCGCCAGCCAGCACAGUUUGCUAGCUGUGGUGCAGCGAACCAUCUCUGUUGGUAGUGAGACACAGUCUGAGGCAUUUUUCUCAGCAGAUGAAGAUCAGGUCAGUAAGAUGACUGUGAUUGGCAGCGGUGACGGCUCUCUGUCACGCAUGUCCUCCCAGCAAAGCCUGCCUGUGGUGCCAGAAGACCAGCAUGCCCCAUCACAGCCCCACUCCCUGGAGAGUGAGACCUCCACACCCCCCACGCCCCACCAUGACCCGUCAGCCCUCACACUCAGCUCCAACAGUUACUAUAGCAGUGCCGAUGAUGGUCAGACCUGCUGCCCCAGCCAGAGCCACAGCAGACACAGUAGGAGUGAGAGCAACAGUAGCUGUAGCAGCAGUAGCAGUGGCAGCAACAGUCCUUGCCUGGACCACAGCCAAGCCUCUCUCAUCCACUCCCACAGUUCAGAAUCCCCUCAUCCCUGGAAAGCUGACAGACCUGCUCGCUCCCGCAGGAAGGCUGACCGGAUCAAGGCGGCUCUGGACUGCAGCGGUGACAGCAGCUCUGAGGUGGGCAGUGUGUCCAGCACCUCCUUCAUCUCAGCACUGUCUUCCCAGGAGGACAUUGCUCAGGUGGACCUUCACAUGCAGCUCAACAAGCCCAUCACCGAGUCCCCGCUGCUCAUGUCCUCCUACAUUAACCACAUGACACAGCUCCGAUGCCUCAACUGGGACCACCCGAUGCCCAGCUUUGACUCCACCCCAGGACAGCCUAACAAGUGCUACAUUCCCGUGUUUGACAAGAUCAGCGAGGGUUUCACUGCUAUACGCAUGGUGGAGGGCAACCGCCAUGGCAUACCCCGCUCUCCACCCCCACCCCCAUCAGGCCGCACCCCUUCCCACCCCUACACCUGGGACACACCUCUCUUCACCUGGGGAGAUGCUCAAGAUGAACCAGCCCAUGAAGACUCACAGGACACCAUGGGAGGUAUGCUGGAGGCCAACACCACCCGCACCACUGUUGUCAUCAAGCUCAAGAAGGACGUGGACAUCAUGCUCUCCCCUAUGGCCCUGGAGUCCGCCCAGCUUUUCCUGGAGGCCUUGACUCCAGUGAUGGAGUCACUCCACCCACUCUCCAUCGUCAACCAUGCCCACAUGAGGUCCCAAUCAAGUGUGGCAGGACAAAACACCCUCAAAAAGAAGCGUUACAUGUACUGGUCCAGGCUGAGGGACAAGAGGGUGGCAGGGACACCAGAGCAGUCUGCCGUCCUGAGCACCACCUACCAGGAGAGUUGCUUCCAGCAGAUGCAAGGUCAAGUCACUGUGCCCAGGGUGAACGUUACAUUACUGCAGGCAUCUGUGGUGGAGGAGAUAAUUUCUUUCUCUGCCCUGGACAACAUUCGAGACCUCACCUGUGUAUCCCUCUUCUCUGUCUGCCUGGAUAAUGUCAGUCUCCAGUUCUAUUCUGGUCACCAAUCCAAGAAGUCAGUCCAAAUGUACAUGAGGAAUCCACAUGAUCCUGUCAUGCAAAAGAAGGGCAAGUCAAAGACCCGUCAGGCUGUUGAUCUCUUGGCUGAACCAGUAUAUAUAGAGACCUCGGAGCGGCAGCAGGAGGAGAACAUGGUGUCUGUGGACGUGAACAAAGUACAUGUGCAGCUGAGGCGUUUGAAGAAUGAGAGCGCCCUGCUGAAGGAUGCCAGUGUGACUGCCAUACCCAACCACAGGUCCAAGGUCUUGUUCAUGUUCCGGCGGUGUCCCCGAGGAGAGGAUGGGGAGAAUGGGGGUGGUGUGGGAACACCCGUCAUGGAGGAUGACCGCAUGGGGUUCAUCAUGUUCGAGGCAGGCCUGGAGACCAUGGCUCUUAGAGCUGUGAAAAGGAAGGGGUUUGGGCAGCAGGCAGAGGGCAGCGGAAAGCAUGACGGGGGCAUCACCUGUGGUCCGAACUGCCCCACCACAUCAGCAGGCAGUGGUGGUGGGCCCAGCAGCAGUUCUGGCCCGGGUACUGCAGGCACAGCAGAGCCACAGAGGACAGGCUCGGAGAUUCGGCGGGAGCCUUCAGACCGCCAAUGCUCAGCCUCAGUCUCCCAAGUGUCCAAUAUGUCCACCCACUCAGGUGUCCACCACUCCACAUCCUCAGGCAAUGGCAGCAUCAAGGAUCUGCCCCACAACCAGAGCAAAAGUGACAAACGUGACAUCACUUCCUUCGUGGUGGAGCUGCAGACUGUCUGGUUCAACUUUGCGGCACCGCCGCACACCCCUAUCACCAAGAAGAUUGACUACACACGAUUGGACUGGAACCUUCUGAGUACUGCCUCGCCAUCCAUCAACGCGUGGAUGAAUCCAAGUGACAGGCUAACAGUGGCAGUGAUCCACUUCCUCCAUGCAUCGGAGAGUCGCCGCCUUGGUGUGAUGGCGUCCCUCAUGGCAGAGGCGCUUGAUGUGCAGAGCAUCCAUGUCCCUAUCAAGAACAAGUAUGUGAAGCUGAUGCCACUGAGCCAGACGCUGCAGGAGGACCCUUCGUGCCAGCUAUGCAAUGUGCUGCGCCGCUAUUUGCUGCAAUCUUCCUCCCGCACCAUUGAGGCCAACCUGCUGCCCCCACACCUGCCCAAGUUGGCCACACUUAGACAGGGUGUGGUGGUGCUGAGUCGCCAGUGGAAGAAUGCCCUGUACAUGCCACUGCUCAUGGAACAAACCUUCAGGAACAAACAGACCCGUCCUGCCUUCACUUUCAAGUCUCACGCUCCACCAGAAGGCCGCUCCACUCCAAAGUUUGACCAAACCUUUGUGACCAGCGAAGUCACUGACGAGAAGACAACCCUGUUGGAGGCUGAGGGAGGCUCUCUGCACUCCCACCCACCCCAUGACUCAGAAGGAAGUGGCACACUGUGUGGGGAGGAUGUGACUGACGGCGUGAUGAGCUCAGAGUCCACGCAGCUGCCGCCACGUAAGACCCUGCCCUCCUACCCUCCACGCUCCUCUCGAGCUUCAGUCAUCCUUCCCGUCCUCAACACUGCAUUUGAGUCUCCGGCGAGGUUCCAGUUUCCAAAAAUUGGUGGUGGCUUUGGAGGCCACAUAUUCCAUCGUGGUGGUGGCCAUCAGCAGCAGCAGCAGCAGCAGCAGCAGCAGCAGCAGCAGCAGCAGCAACAACAACAACAACAACAACAACAACAACAACAACAACAACAGCAGCAGCAGCAGCAACAACAGCAGCAGCAACAAGCACAACAGCAGCAGGUGCGAAGUGGGCCAACAACAGUAGUGGCAGCUACAACAGUUGGGGACAACCGUAGUGGUGGCAGUCACAGCUCUGGCCUGGACCAAGCCUCCUCCUCCUCCAGCACGGAUGGAGGGGUGGGAUCCGGCAUGGCCACCCCAGGCCGCCCUACAGCCAUCACCUGUGAGAAGGACCAUGAGAAUCUGUACAACUGGAUGGUGCGGCAGCAAGAGUAUGCACACGCCUCAGACACCACUCAUCCCACUGUGACUUUCCCCAAGCGUGGAGAUGAGCUUCCCCUGCUGAGUGAUGGGGAGAGUGAGCGCCAGGAACACCCACCCAUGAGGGAUUUUGGCAGUGUUCCUGAACCUCCACACAGCGCCCACUUCCUGGAGGCCCACGUCAUCUUUGAGCCAGUUCUGACGGCCAUUGGAGUCAUCACACAGCAGGUGAAUGGUGGGGCACUGGAGCAGCUGGGAUCCAAUGUGUCCAUCACGGGAAGUGUGGAGACACUACGAGUAGACAUCAUUGAGUCCGAGGCCUCCAAACUCAACCGCAAGAAGAGAAAGACAGGCCUUCACGCAGGUAACACAGACGACACAUCCUCAGGGGACACCUGUGAAGCAGAGGGCAAGUUUUUCCUGGAUAUAGGGAGUGAGGUGCCAGCUUUCCUUUGUGAACACGUUGGAUUGGAGAUUGACGUCAGCAAGGUAACGGAUGACUCCCGGGAAUGGGUCAACCACCAGCCAACACUUUUUGUGUCCCGCAGUGCCCUCAAGCAGCACACCUCCACCAUGGUGCACUUCUCCCUCAAUGUCAACUACAUCGCCCAGCAAGUGAACAUGCCACUAUUGAGACUCCUGCACCAGAUCAGCUCCAUGUACCAGAAUGCCCGGGCAACACAGAUUGGGCUCCGUGAGCAGAGACCAACACGAGGCAAGGACAACAACCUGCCCACACAUCACAAGGAAGGCUCCUACUCAGAGCUGCAUGAGGGGGAGUAUAAGGGUAAUGAGUACAGCCUGAGCAUCAGUGAGGAGCAGGCCACAGUGUCCUCCCUGGCAGGCAUCAAGGGACCGCGUGGCUCAGUGGUGUCUUCCCUCUCUGCCCGGAUCUCACCUCCCCCACUCACCUCCAGGACAAACCGUCCUCAGAGUUUUGCUCAGAGGCUGCGCUCCUCCACCAAGAUGAGCAAAGGGUACACUAACUUAGGAGCUGAAAGAGGCACAGGCAGCCCACUCUUUAGCAUCAGUAUGAGUGGCUCUGGACUGGAAGGAGCCACCAUCUGUUCCUCUGACAAGUCACCUCUCCUGGGUGCACCUGAGGCCCCCACACCCCCAGUUGCAGCCACAGCCACCCCCAAGUGUUGGCGGAACAUCUACUACCUCUUGGACCUGUACACCACCACUCCAGAAACCAAGACAGUGCAGCAGAGAUCUUCAGUGACUGGUGACGCCUCAGAUGGGUACAAGGGAAGCCGCAAGUAUGACAUCUUGAAGGAGAGCAAGGCAACGGACAUUGAGGCUGGCCCACCCUCCCCUGUUGUCACCAUGCCUCCUGUUGUGGCUGACAAAUCAAAGGAGUUGGGGUUGAUAUCAGGAGAAAGGACUCCAUUUGUGGUGUUUGGUCUGGCUAAGAUCCACAAAACCAAGCUGCUGGCCACUCUAAGUGGACUCAAACUGGAGGCAGAGAUGAAUGCUGUUCACUCAUCCCUCACUUUCAGACCAACACUGUCACAUUUCAGGGAGAAGGUGCGAGGAGCAAAGACAGCAGCCAGGGCUCAGCGCACCACGUCUGAACUCACCCACACAGGCCACAUCGGGGACACCAUGAUUGUGCUCCUGGAAGGCAUUGCUCCCAACCAGCAGACGGUGGUGAGGGUGACAAUUGGCAAGAGUCAAGGCCUGUACACCAGCCUGUCCCGCAAGACCAAGGCCAAGAACAGCGCACUCAUCACCAUCGGAGACGUCCACGUUGACAUCCCACAGCACCCGGUGAUCCUGCACGACAUGAUGACUCGCAGCAGCAAGCAGCUCUCCUCUACCCUUAUGGAGCUGCGUGUGGCUCGGCCCACCGCGCGCCUCAACCGUGGAGCCACAACAGAUGAGCCAGACACCAACGUCUCCCCUCGGCCGCCCCAGGAACCACCAGGAGUUCAGGAACCCAUCCCGCCUGAGUCUCUCCUUCACCCCCUUGUUAUUGAAUUCUCCAUCCUUCUUCAGAGCCUCUGCAUCCAGGCGGCAUUGCUCCCCUCCCUGCAGGCACAGUACCGCAUGGAGCAGGUGUCCAGUCUUGGCUUCACAGGGGCCAAGGCAAAGUUCAGUGUUCACCUUCCAACGCACCACCUCUCCUUCUCCACACGACUGCAGGACCUGCCCAGCGACACACACCUGCCCUCAUCUGCCAGCAUCCAGCUUCCCCAGGUGCAUGUAGAGGCUGAGCUGAUCCAGGAUAGUGACACACACUCCGAUCCACAUGCAGCAGUGACAGAUGGCAUGGUGCUGCGGGAAGGAAACUACCUGAGUGCUGUGGCUGAGAUUGGUGCCCUAGAACACAGCCUCACCACAGACCUUCUCAACCACCUCGUCUUUGUGCAAAAAGUGUUCAUGAAGGAGGUGAAUGAGGUGGUGCAGAAGAUGGCAGGAGGCGACAAGCCAGUACCACUGUGGACUGAGGAAGGGCCCAGCCAUGUCUCACCACCCAGCAGGCUGCUCUUCACCCUCCAGCUGCGUCUCAAGGGGAUCAUCAUCACUGCCACCACCCCUACCCAGUCUGCUGUGCGGCUGGAGACUGGUGUGGUGGAGCUGCAGCUGAGCAAUAGGGUGGAGAACAUCAGCCGCCCCUUGCGUACCACAGACCCCACACAGCCCAUGAAGAUAUUCGGCAAGGCUCAGGUGGACAUCAAUGUGGCUCUUGGUCAGCUGCUCAGGAAUGACAUGUUUGAGGAAGCUGAGCCAGAGUUCCAGCAGCUGGCCUUCUUCCGCACCAGGAUAUGUUUGCGCAAUGCCCUAUACAAUGAGAUGCUGAGUGUUGGGGAGGAGGGGGAGGUGGUGCUGAUCACGCUGACCCGGCCACUGGUGUGCGUGCAACCUGUGGCUGUGGACAGAGCCGUGCUGGUGUGGCUCAACUACAAGAAUGCCUAUGAGUACUGGAGUGAACAGAGAGCCUCCCUCAAUAAGGAAGUGCUUACAGCCACCCAACAGGUGUUUGAGAAGGUGCCUCAGUUCUCCUCCCUGUCCUCAGCUGCUCACAUCACCAAUAAUGUGUUCCUGCAACUCACAGUGGAUGACAUCGGCAUAUGUUUGCCUCUCAACCCUUGUCGAACGGUCAGCCACCAAGUAGACUCCACUGAGACUCGGGAUGCCCUGGUGGUCACCCUGGAAAGCACCAUUAUCUCAGCCUGCAACUCGGGCUCCCUGGUGUGCAAGGCUCGCUUCAAGGGUUUCUGCAUGCGCUUUGCCCCGGAGUUUGAGACAAGCUUGGACGACUGGAAGCCUGACUUCAAGGACCACAUCAACCUGUGUACAGUGUCAGAAGGCACCUAUGAGGUCUGCAGUCGCACAGUAGCCGGACAUUUGGAAAAGGCAGAGAAUGCCAAGUGGCUCCUCAAUGUGCAGUGGCAGAUGGAGGGAGUGGACUUGCACCUGGAUGUCAACAUUGGCAAGCACCUGAGUGCCCUGGCACGCACCCUCACCAUGUUGACUGGUGCCCCAGACACCGCCGGGCCCCAGGGCACUUAUGACUCAGAUGACGACGGGGACCACAGUGAACACAACACCUCACAGCAAGAGUCGGCUGCUCUACGGAGGCAGCCCACCGUUAAUGAAAGUCUGCCGGCCUUUGUGUUUGACGCCACCCUGGAUGCCCGGCAGCGAGCCAAGCUGCUGGAGAUUGAGAUGAAUGAACAGGCAAAGACUGUCAAUGAUCUCAAGUCCCUGGGAGCGUCAGCCUCCACCAUCGAGCAGGAGAUGCGUCGCCUUCAGGAGCUGGAGGCCUUGGUGUUCCAUGACUUUCGACGUGACGUGAUCAAGAAACUACGGCGGCAGAGCGUAAAGGCUACUUCCAUGAAGGACCGGCUGGGUCUGGGCCCCAAGUCCCAUCUCAGGUCCAAGAGCUUCAGAGUUCCCUCGCCCACCAUUGAAGUGAAGGAGCCUCCACUGAGUGGAGGAAGCCGUGGCAGCAAUGAACAAGGCUCCAUCAGUGUGGAUAGCUCUCCGUGUCAUGCCACCAAUGAUACCUCUGCCCAGAAGGUCAAAUUCAUGGACAGGUCUCAGGGACGGCACCUCUCCUUCACCAGUGGAUCCUCUGACUCCUACCCCAUGGACGACUUGGACAACAGUGAUGUCUUCCCUGGCACUCCUGCUCACCAGCGCACACCAACCCCCACUAAUGGGUCCGAUCCAGAGACUGAAACCAUCACCAUUACUAACCUGAGCAACGACAACAUGGAGAGCUCAGUGCCACGGAGUGUUGGUGGGCUGGAGGGCCUGGUGAAUGUACUAGACCAGCCACCCUACCAGCGGCCAGGUGCAGGAGGUGUCAAGGGAGCAGGGGACAGUGGCAGCACCCCAGGGACAGCCACAGCACCUCUCUCCAGUCAUUCCAGUGCACACAGCUCAGUUUUCCCCCUCCUAUCUGGCACCUCAGGUCCCAUCACCCCUGGGGGCCUGGGCUCCAGCUCGGGCACCGUCAAGCCUCUGGACCCCAGCAUUGACCUGGAGCUGGACGUGCGUGUGUGCAUCAGCUCCGGCAUGUGUAACCUGUACACCAAGUGUGUCACCAGGGAGGAGGAGCGAAGAAUGAAGAAGGAACGCAGCUUCUCUGGUGGAAUCUCAGAGACUCCAAGUAGCCCCGGCUCAGGUCGUAGGAAGAACGAAGGGCGGCCGAACCUGUCCUCCACCAAGCUGAGGGCGCCUCCCCCUCCCUCCUUCCAUGUCUCCUCAGACACUGUGUUCUACAUCCCUGGUCUUGAUGUCAAGGUGCACUACGAGUCCCACAACAUCCAUGAGGAGACACCUGUUGGCAGUGGUGGUGGUCUGUUUGGCAGCGGAGGUGGCCUGCAGCAGGAUGGCCCUGGAUGGUCCUCCCCCAGCACAGGUGCCAGCGGCAGUGCCGGCAGCAGCGUGGGAGGAGGAGGGUCUCGUAAGAGUGGCAUGGCAACCAGUGGUAUCAAGCGAGCCUCUCUUUUCACCUGGCUCACCCUGCAGAGCAUCAAGAGGGAGACCACUGUCAGUCCCAACAUUCUGGAGUUCCUGGAGUUGGCACUGGAGCCACUGCCUGUCACUGACCACCACCAGAAGCCUCCGGUCACCUCCCAGGAACCUGAGCCAGUGUUCAAUGUGGAUGUGGACUCUUCUGGUGCGGUGGGUGGAGGUGCUGGACCCUAUGUGUAUGCUUCCUUCCCUGUGGAUGUGGUGGUGUACUUCCACAUGCAACCUUCCACUAUCAGGUUUUCGUGUCAGCCGGUGUCCCGCGUCGAGUGUCUGCUGCAGCUGCCCUCACUCAACCUAGUGUUCUCAUCCAAGAGGGCUGAGGAUGAAUCCAUGCCAGACCUGGGCAGCAAGUUACAGGCAACCAUUGGUGGACUGAGUGUGACAGGUGUUUUGGAGGAUUUCUCCUUGUAUGUGUUUCACCCUUAUGGUGGAAAGCAACGGGGGGCGGGAGGAGCACCAUACCUGGCCACCUCCCCGCUGGCAGCCCUGACGGAUGGCGAGCGCAAGGACUCCCUCAGUGUUAUGGUGGAAUUUGUUAAGCUGCACAUUUCAAGGUCACGCAAGAUUAAUUUCAAGUCUGAGGGUGUUAAGAUGAAGACCUCAGGAGGGUCAGAUUCUUCUAAGGCUAUCAUCAGGUUCUCCACUAUCGUGGACAUUGGGGCUGCCCACUUCAAGUAUGACAUGAGAAGACUGACUGAGAUCCUGGCCUUCCCACGUGCCUGGUACAGAAGGUCCAUAGUGCGGCGACUCUUCCUUGGGGAUUUUACAGGUGGUGCCACAUCCAGUGAGUGGGAUGAGGUCAGUCCGGCACCUUCCUCAUCAGAGUCACCUCCCAGUCAAGCCCCACCUGCUUCCUCCAAACGACACUCUUCAAGUUCAUCAGAGGGCCUUGAGGGUCCUCGGCGGGAGAACACCAGUGGGGCAAACAGUGGCAGUGGUGUUCCCCAGUCUACCCCUCCCAGCUCUCAGCUUGGUGGUGCUGGAGCAGGCAGCUGGGCUCGGGACAAACUGAGGCUCAACUUUGAUUCUGAUGUCCACCCACGAAAGAGUCCCAAGCUCUCAGGUAUGGGUGAGACGAUGUGUGAGGAGGACGGCAGUGGUGUUGGAGUAGAUGGUGGAACCUCCAGCAGUGGGAGAGCAGAUGGCGACCAGGGGGUGGGGAGUCAGAUGGCCGGCAAGACGGGCUCCUGGGAGACCCUGGUGCUGUUUGCUGUCAACUUCACUCGGCUUGGCGUGCAGAUGAACAUGGGAAACGUGAUGGGCAAUGUGGUUUGGACCACCAAAGACUUCAAGGCCAAUGGCAGACUGUCCAUAGGCAGCACUGGCCACAAGAACAUGUACAUUGGCCUCAGCUUGGGAGGCUCAGGCCUUGAUGCAAAGGGUGGCAUUGUGGGUGGCACCAUUGAGCUCUCAGAGAUCAAUAUGUACCUCAAAAUCCGUGAGGACCCGGGAACUGAGCCAGACCACACCAUUGGCAUGAAGCUGUUUGCUUCCCAGUCCCGCCUGGACUACAUGGGCACCAGUGUCCUGAUGGGGCGCGUGUCCUCUUUUGGCGUCACACUGAGGGACGAGUGGAAGCUGAAGCAGUGUGCAGAGACGGAUAAUGACGCCACUCGCAGGGGAGCCACUAUCUUCAUCCUUGGGGACCUGGAGUGGGACCAGCUGCAGCUCAUCAUCAGCAAGUCCACCACUGCUGACCUGCUCAAGAUGCACCACAAGCUGGACGAGUUCUUCUCCCAGCAGUUCAAGUCCAGCAAGCGGGUGUUUUCCUCCCUGCAGCCCACGCGACACAAGUCUUCCGUCAAGCAGAAGCCCAAGGAUGGCAACAGGAAGCUUGCUAGUGUUCUAGGGGUGCCAUCUGGCCAAGACGCCCGCCACCACCGUCACUGGCAGGGGGUCUUGUACCGUGUGUCUGGCCUGCGCCUCACCACGCUGGCCAUGCCACUGCCUGACUCGGGUACAGUACUUGGUGGGUCGUUGGAGCUGCACGGCAAAACUAUCUCCCUGGCAUGCUUUCAUGGUGUCAACUUUAGGAGCAAGUCAUGGGCGCUGUUCAGUCUUCAGGAGCCAUACAUCAACUUUACCUCUGAGGUGCAAGAGGUGCCUGGAGACCCACCCCGGGACACACACAUUGUGCAGAACCUCACCUUCAGCCUGGGGGUCAUGGAGCACACCCAUGCACAGCACGUCUCCAUGGCCACCGUCUGUCGCAUCACUCGCAACAUGGUCUUCCCACCACAGUUCCGAGCCAUCCAGGAGUGGUUCCAUUAUGCUUUCUGCACCUCAGAACUUGACAAUGUGGACCGGUUCCCUUCUCUGGACCGAAGCGACAGCCUCCCGUCCUCCUCCUCGGAUGGCAAGAGGGCCUCAACACGUCUGCAGGACCACAAUCAUUCCUCAGAGACUAUCUUUGCCCUCCCCUCCAUGCAGAUCCACCUCAACACCAAGCACCUGCAGACGGCCACCACACCAGACUUCAUGGGUGAGCACACACAGAGAAGCACCCCUUGUACACCCAAGAAAUUAGAUGAUGAGAAGCCCAAGGUGGAGUGUUCUUUGGUGACUGAAUUCCAGGAUCAUAUAUUUGUUGCUGUGGAUGCAGAAAGCUUCUUCUUCCUGCAUGACCUGAUUGCCUCCUAUGUGAAGGACACCAAGGAGAAAAUGGCCAGGAAACACAAAAUGCCAAAUGCCGAGGCAGAGAACAACAAGGAGAGUGCGGAGAAGAAGCCCAAGGUGGUGAGGGUGAAUGAGCCCACGCAGCUAUUGCAGCAGGACUGGCGGGAGUUCACCUGCACCACCUGGCACCUGGAGCCCACUGUCAGGCUUCUGUCAUGGGCCACCAAGAAUCUUGAGCCAUAUGGAGUGGACUACAUCUUGCAGAAGCUCGGGUUCAGCCACGCCCGCACUACCAUUCCCAAGUGGCUCCAGAGAGGCUGCAUGGAUCCCCUGGACAAAGUGCUCUCCAUGCUGAUGUUCCGCAUGAUUGCUGCCAUUUAUGACCAUGACAGUGCCAACCGGUAGUGAGGUGAGGCAAGGUAGUGGUGCUGGUGGAAGGUUCAUCCCAAGAGCCUACUGGAGUAGUGGGUAGGGAGACUCUGUUGGUCAGUGGUGUGAUGAGAUGUGUCUACCAUGACCAAGUUGGCAUAGAAAGGUAAGUGUCCUAUAAGUCACUGGUAGAGUGAUGGUGUUCCCUGCAAGCCAGUGGUGGUGGAGUGGUGUGCCCUGCAAGUCAGUGGUGUUGGUGAUGAUGGCAGUGGUCAUGGUGUGCAGGGCCCUGAAUGAAAUCUGAUGGUCUUUCAUAUUGAUUUAAUCUAAACAUUUUAUAUAGAAGUUUUACAAUAUUGAUAUUCACUUGUAGAAUGAUGCAUGAAAUGAAAUGUAGCAGCUAUAUAAUACUCCUUAGAAUGUACAGUCAUUGGUGAUGCAGGGCCCUAAGCUAUGACUGACUUGGUGCCUCCUCCUACCACUGCUGGGCAUUGUGUCCAGCAGUGGUGUUGUGCCCUACAGAUUAAUGCAAGUGCUCUGUUGUGUCCAACAAAUUAGUGAGUGUAAGGAGACAGAUGUCCCACAAAUGAAUGGUGGAGGUAUGUUCUCUGCCACCUAUAGAUUGGUUUUAUGCUAUUUAUUAUACUGUCUCACUGACUUCAAGUCCAACUAGUGUUUUGUCUGAACAUUUUAAGAUGUGUAAAGGUCACAGAUAUAUACAAAUAUGUACAAGUUUAUUGUUUAAAAGACAAUGUAUGCCCACAUCUUCAAUGCAUAUGUACUUCAAUACUUACUUAACCUAGUCAGUCUGUGCACAUAUGACUCAUUUCUUAGGUGUAGAAAGUCAAUAUAAUGGUGGAGAAAGAGUGUGUGUGAGAGAGAGAGAGAGAGAGAGAGAGAGAGAGAAAAUGUGUGUAAUGAAUGUGUUGUCUAGUCCAGUGGGAUACUACACAUCCAUCCCUGACCACUGAAAAGACUCCUUGUUAUGAUGCUCCCUAUUUCUGUGUUGGUUUGGUGAGAGGAGUUCCUUGUUUUAUUUUUUUACACUAAGAUGUGCCAUGAUAAGGUGUAGCAGAUUAGCAGAGGUGUUUUGGAGUCACAAGUGUGCUGUAUCAUUGUUGGUUGCACUUUUUUUCUAUGUUCUGUCAGUGGUUAGGUAAAAAAAAUAUAUAUAUAUGUAUAUAUGCAAUAAAAGUUUAUUCUCA